AUGAAUAGUACGUAUCAGCCCUCAAAUUCAACAGCACCAGGCAUCCAACUCUCGUCAAUGCCACAGCUGGCCGAGGCCAUAAGCAGGGAAGACGACUGGACUGGCACCAAGGAUGCCGCAGCACGCAGACAGGCGCAGACUAGACUCAACACAAGGGCAUACCGAAAACGCAAAGCCCUAGCAAAGAAGACCGAAGCAUCCAGUGCCGCAACCAGAAUACUGACCAAAUCAGAAGUACUGGUGGAAUGCUGGAACAUUAAGCAGCAAUCCAUCUCCAUAGUCCCAGCAUCCCGUAUUAAGCAACUAUACAAUUCGAGGAAUCCCUUGUUAGAUAACCCUAGAAAAGAGCAGUUUGAUCUUGUCUUCCCCCUCUGUCCAGACCACCUCAUUACACUCCUCCAAUUCAACGCCCUCCGCGCGCUGGCCGUCAACCGCACUCUAAUCUCAGGCAUCCUCUUCACGCCGCUCGACUGUGAUGAGGAAGUUAUCCACGUCAUCCCCUACCCUACCAAACCCGGACUACUUCCUUUAGCACUCCUGCCUACCACCCUUCAACAAACGGUGCCGCACGGCGACUGGAUCGAUAUGUUCCCAUGUCCCGAGGCACGAGACCGCCUGAUCCGGGCCGCUGGCACCUUCAAAGAGGACGAGCUGUGGGCCGACUGCAUCGGUGGACUAUACGAGGGCUUUCCCGACAAUGAGAUCGCGCGACGCGGCAUGAUUGCGUGGUCGCCGCCCUGGGACAUCACAGGGUGGGAGAUGUCAGAAGGGUUUCUGAAGAAAUGGGGGUACCUGUUUGAAGGGUUGUCGGGGCCUUUAGAGGCCACGAAUCGGUGGCGGUUGGAGAGAGGCGAGGAGCCAUUUGUCCAUGAUGACUGCACCUCACAUGCAACUGUGUGA